CUCCAAAUAUUUCGCGUUCCAUUGCAUAUUUUCCUCCCCCUCUCUCACUCCCUCAUUCUCACAUUGUUGAUCUGAACAUGGUGUUAGGAUUAGGAAGUUGUUCAUCCAUGUCAUCAGCCUCACUUUCAAGUAGACCCCAGCUUCAUCAUCACUACAACCUUUCAAGCAAAUUGGCCAACAACAAUGUGAAGAGUUCUUCUUGUGCGGUGAGGAGAAAAACCGGCGGGGUUGCGGUGGUUAAGGCGGCGGCCUACUCCGCCUCCUCAUCAAUGGCGGAUCAUGGUAAUAACAAAGCCGUUUUGGGUAUAGUGUUUAAACCUUUUGAGGAAGUGAAAAAAGAGCUUCUUUCUAUACCCAAAAUGCCCCAUCAAUCUCUGGCUCGCCAAGGUUAUAGUAGUCAUUGUGAGGCUGCACUCAAUGCACAGAUCAAUGUGGAAUAUAAUGUCUCCUACGUCUAUCACGCCAUGUAUGCUUACUUUGACAGAGACAAUGUUGCACUCAAGGGAUUCGCCAAAUAUUUCAAGGAAUCAAGUAUGGAGGAACGACAGCAUGCUGAGAUCAUGAUGGAAUACCAGAAUAAAAGAGGAGGCAGGGUGAAGCUGGAGUCAAUGCUGAUGCCAUUUACAGAGUUUGAUCAUGCAGAAAAGGGUGACGCAUUAAAUGCAAUGGAACUUGCAUUGUCUCUAGAAAGGUUGAACAAUGAGAAGCUUCUAAAUUUACACAAGAUAGCAACACAAAACAAAGAUGUACAGCUCGCUGACUUUAUUGAAAGCGAGUUUUUGGUGGGUCAGGUGGAAGACAUUAAAAAGAUCUCAGAAUAUGUAGCUGAAUUAAGAAGGCUAGGCAAAGGACAUGGAGUUUGGCACUUUGAUCAAAUGCUUCUUAAUGGAGGGGUGGCUGCGUGAUAUUAUAUAUCUAUAAAGAAAAUAUUAUCACUGGGAUACUUAUUUCUACAAUUCUACCACAAUCGUGUUUUUCUUCUAUUUUAUUUUGUCUUUUAGUUUUCGGUUUUCUUCUUUCAAAGACCUUAAUUUUUUUCUGUUCUGUUGUCGGAUUUUGUUACCCCUGUUUGAAAUAGUCAAGCAUGUAUGUUUGCAAGAAGGGAGUUACUCUGAUAAAGAUGCUUAAAACGUCUUUUUCUAAAGAUGUUUUUAAGUAAUUAAAAUUUAAUACAUAUAAUUGAUUGAA